AGAUACCUGACAUAUACAUACAUCAGCAAACUCCACAGUGCUGCAGGGCCACCGUGAGAUGUGCCGGCCAUCUGACCACCAAUCUACAUAUAGCAGUACGGCGGUCUUGGUCUUGAUAUACUUACCCCCCAUAAGACCGCAGUUGGUCUACUGGUGCUGACCUGAAGACGAAUGAAUCAGCGCUAAAAUAGCAAUUGUGUAUGUCUUGAUCCGUAAGGUGUAUGUGGCGAUAUUCUAUGUCUUUUCUCUGAAAAUAAGCGCUCUGCCUACUUUUCUCCAAGUCGGGCUCGUUGGUGUCGUCGAAUCUGUAUCAUACCGAGCCACUCAAUUGCACACACCUCGUGCCACGGCGCCGUGGCGUUUGAAUAUUACCGAAUAUCACCACUAUUUGGCCCUCACUGAAUAGUAUUCAAAAUGCCAGGCCGAGGCCCACGAGGUGAGACGCUUCUAAGAUGGAUGAUAGCGUUUACCGUUAUCGUCGGUGUAAUUCUACUGUUGCGUCUCUGGGCAGCCAGGUUGAUGAAGCGAUCGUUCUACCUCGACGACUUAUUUGUGCUUAUCGCUUUUGCAAGCACAAUUACAUUCGAAGGCGUCGCCGUCUGGGCUAUUGACAACGGCGCCGGUAAACCUCAAGCCGAUCUCACUCCUGAGGAACUUGCCAUACAGGCUAAGAUCCUCGUCCUUCCCUCUUCCAUUGCGUGGCUCGUGGGGACUGUCGCUAUCAAAUUCUCCGUGCUAUGGCUUUACACGAGAAUCUUCUCGACGCGGUCGUUUAAAAACUGGUCAUACUCUCUUAUGGGGGUGGUCGCUUGCUACUUUGUGGCUUUCCUCGCCGUUUUCAUGACCAUCUGCAAGCCCAUCGAUCAGCUGUGGAAUCCGGUACCGUGGGGCUCAUGCCGAGACACGUCAGACCAAGAGUUCACCUCGAUCAGCUUUAACUUGGUAGUGGAUCUGGCGAUCUUCGUAUUGCCUAUGCCUUGGCUUUGGGGGCUGAAAAUGCCUCUACGCAACAAGAUUGCUAUCAGCGUUAUGUUCAGCAUUGGUCUCGUCACCAUUGGCGUCAUGUGCUGGCGACUAGCCGCAACGAAGGACUCGAUCACGCACCCCGACGCAUCGUACCAUACCACAGAUAUUGCGCUCAUCAGCUUACUCGAGCUGUGGCUAGGCAUGAUUGUUGCCAGCAUACCAACUCUAGCGCCGCUACUUCAGAAAUACGUGAAGCCGGUUAUCACCAAGGUUACGAUGCACUCGUCGGGCUCGCGGUACCCGAAAAACCAGUACAAGUUAAGCAAUUACAAGGAGAGCCAUAGCAGCCGGAGAUACCAGAACAUCGACACCAGCACCAGUCAAUACGAUGUCAAGAUAUACGCCAAUGACUUGCAAGGGUCGACUCAGGGUCUGGCGAUCACGACGGAGUGUACUCACGACCCUGCGAUAGAGCCCCCGAGAGAUAUUCCUACUCCCGGCCAGAUACAUGUUCGGAGGGAUAUUGAAUCACAAAAUUGGUAAAGGGGGUUAUGGGGGGGUUUUUUUUUAAGUAAAAAGCGUUGAUGUAUUUUAUGGCUAUUACGAAAUAAAUAUUAUGAUAACGUCUGUCUAUGUGCGAUAUAAUUGUCUACAUGAGAGUUUUACCCAACUUGAAGUCUCUAUCAGAGCUAAGCUCGACGAAGG